GCUGGAUGUUAUAACGCGAACUGCUGUCUUGUUCACAACGUUCACUUCAGCUAAAGUCUAUCUUAUUUAAUUAUGUUUAUUUAUAGUAUGUUUAAGACUUUUAUUUUAAAUGCGUAUACACGCUUCUCGCAGUUUGCUGUGUUCUGGAAUGGAACGUCUGUAGAACGUGUACGACACUGUUAUUUUGGAUUCUGAAAUUAUCUAGAGAACAGUGCAAACAACAUAUUCAUGGAUAUGAAGAACAUUAAUUCUCGUGAAAAGAGGUCCAUCGAUUGUAUUGACCACGAUUCUACUCAUUUUGUUGGAAAGAGGCACAAAAACGUGGAGGAUCAUGCAUCUUCGACGCACGGACAUUCAGAAAAUGUCACUGACAUCAGGAACCAGAAACAUAUAACUGAAAAAGCAUCUGGUGAGGAUUCUAAAACGACAGAAAUCCAUUGUUUCGUAUUCAACAAUACGACCAGUGACGAAGACUUCGUGUCGUCUGUUUUCUCCUUGCCGUCUGAUCUGUUCACCGAAUCAGACGACAUUGACUGUUUGUAUAUAGACCUUACUGAUCAGGCUGUGGGCAGUGACUCGGAUCCCUUUCCUCUCACAGCCAACCUACCAGAAACUGUUAAAGAAUUGCUGACAGAAGAUUUUGAGAUUUCUUCAAGUGGUAGUCCAGAGAAUCAAGAAGAGUCUUCGGGUUUCACUUCGAUGCAGACAUCGGUGGCAGACGACCAAGAGCGCCAGGCAUUAUUUGACGAAUUCACAUUGGCAGAGGUGGAAGGUCGUUCGAUAGACACUGAUAAUGGUGAAACGUCCGUGAAUCUGCCGGUGAAGCAGAGACUUAGGGCCAACCUGGAAAAGAAAUACCACAACAAGCCACUCCCAGUCGUCGACUUCAACCCAAAGCCACAACCAGAGCUUACAGAAGAAGAGAAGGCCAAGGCUGAAAAGCGGAAACAAAGUAACAUAGCCUCGGCAAGACGCAGUAGAAAAAAGAGCGCGAAACAAAAAGAUGAUCUCAUUAAGUUCAUCAACGACCUCGAAGAAGAAAAUGGAAAACUCACAAAGGAGAUCAAUAAGCUGAAAACGAAAAAAGACGCCCUGGUGCAGAUAGUCCGCCGGUAUAUCGGAGAGGACGAUCGACAGCGAUUUCUGAAUGAGAGGCUGGCCGAGGCGUUGGAGUCAUAUUUAACUGAACUUGAGAACAAUAGAUGACGUCAUUAGAUGAAUUUUGGGACAGGACGUAGCCCAGUGAUAAAGCGCUUUCUUGAUGCACGGUCGAUCUAUGAUCGAUCCUCGUCGGUGGGGCCCAUUGGGUUAUUUCUUGUUUUUUCAUACUUCUCGCACUACUGAAUGUUGGUGAUGCCGACUGAAUGUGGACGGUCUAAUCUUGAGAUAUUCUAAAGAAUCUCAAGUGUAUUUGUAUUUAUCAUUCUUGUAAAAAGGUGAAUGUAAUGGUUGAUAUCAUUUCUUUUCAAAAACAUUUUUAUUAUUUAUUUAUUUAUUUAUUUGUUUAUUUUAUUAUUAAUAUUAGUAUUAGUACUACUAUUAGCAAUAUGUAUGUACUGUAAUCGACUGCACUUGAGCGCUAAAAGAUCCUUGCUGAGUGCGGCAUGGGAUAAGUACAGAGAAAGCACUUGAUAGUGCAGAUCAAAAGAGGAAAAGCGAUCAAAACGAUGGGAAACUGUUAUAAAGGCCUUGCGUAUUAUAUUACAGAUUAUUAUUUGUUUGUUUCAAUGUAUAUUUGUUUGUUAUGUAUUUGUUUGUUUGUUUUCCUUUUGGUGAAUAAAAAUAACUGUACAAGAUAA